CUGCUUCUCAUUUUUAUCUUGAAGUUUUAUAUGGGAUUAAAUCCCAAGUUAUUGCGAAGUAAAAAAACAACGAGAUUAUGGAAGUCAAUAUUCUUGCAUUUAUUGCUACGGCCCUAUUGAUUUUAGUUUCCUACCGCCCUUUCUACUUAUCAUUUACGUAAAAACCGUCAGUAAAAAUAAUUAAUUAGUAUUUCAUCUAUUUUGAAAUAAAAAUUAUCUCCUGGGUUAGAUCAUUAGAUUAUCUUAUCAAAACAAAUUCUAUUACAAAUUUUUGAAGGUUUUAAUUAAAAAAAAAAGAACUGGUUCAAAUUAGCAAUAAAGCACGAGACUCAUAAAAUACUCAUAGAAUAGACUAAUAGUAAUAGAUAAUAUGUUAAGAAAGUACAAAAUAAAGGAAGUAUCCUAAAUUAAUCCAUAGAUGAUUCCCUUUUUUUAACUCACACUAUCUAUUAACUAUUAGCCUUCUUUUUGUUUGAAAAAUAUGUUUUAUUUAAAGAUUGAAAGAGCAGAGUGGGUUAUUCACAUGUUCUGAAACAUUUUAUAAAAAAAAUGAAUAAAUUUUUAUUUACGCAAAACUCAAUUUAGUAGAACCUCUAUAGUCCACUCCUUCCCCAUACUACUAGUGAAAGAGAAAAAGUAAAAAACUACCAUUAAAGCAGCCCAAGCAAGACUUAUUAUAUCCAUAUUCAUUAUGCCUCCUAUCAUUAUAACUAGUUAUCAUUAUAACUAGUUUAUUUUUACUAAGUUCCUCAUCAAUUAUAAGAAAUUAAUAAGAAUAAUGGAAUCCCCCGCGUAGAGUACACAUAAAAAAUGAAAAAAAGGGAUUAUGGAAGAUGACCUAAAAAGAAAAUGCAAAAUAUGCGAAACCACAAAAGGAUCUGGCGUUAUUUUCCUAAUUUCAGAAAAAUAGCAAUCAAUAUACAAAAAUAUAAAAAUCGUUAAUUCUCAUUGCGAUCUAAUCUGGCAUCCCUCCAUAUGAUUAUAUAGGAGCAUAGGAGCUAGGAAAGAACGGGAUAGAGGUUCUUCUGUUUACGAAAAAAAAAUACGAAAAAAAGGAUUUAAAUAGAAUAAAUUCAAAUUAGUAGUAUGCGGAAUUUUUAUUUUCCUUUAUAGGAAUCCUAUGAACAAUAAGAUAUUUGAAAUUCUUUAUAGAUCCAUAGAUCAGGCGACACCCGGAUUUGAACUGGGGAAAAAAGGAUUUGCAGUCCCUUGCCUUACCACUCGGCCAUGUCGCCAAAAGGAUACAAAAAAAUUGGGGAACGACUUUUUUGAUUGUACUUGUUUCUUUCUUUUCUACUAAAAAAAGACUGAGUUUAUUCCACUUUUUUUUUUUAUUUUAUUUGAGCCAUUAAAGAUUAUAUUGAAAAGUCAGAUGAAAGUGGGAACCUUUAAGCGUAUCAAUUUAACUACGAGUAUACGAAAGCAUCUUUUAUUUGAAUCAAAAUCUUUAUUUCUAAGAUACUAAAAAAAAUAUUUUCAAAUUAUUUAUUUAAUGAUCUAUGAAAUUCUUAAAUCUGUUUUAUAGUUCAGAUAUGGAGUUUGAUACAAUUUAAUGUGAUUCAGUAAAAACAAUAGAAAUUAACUCAUUAAUAAAUCAUCUAUUUUCUUAGCUAUUAGAUGAAGGAUUCGUAAAGUUUUAUAAAAUCAAUAAUAAAGAAAAUAAAAAGGAAUUACAAAAAAAAAAUGCUUGUAGAUGGAAAAAAAGGACGGAGUUACUACAAUCCCUGGAUUGAAUCAGAUACAAUUUGAAGGAUUUUGUAGGUUUAUUGAUCAAGGUUUAAUCGAAGAACUUUCUAAGUUUCAAAAAAUUGAAGAUCUCGAUCAAGAAAUUCAGUUUCAUUUAUUUGUGGAAACAUCUCAAUUGGUAGAACCAUUGAUCAAGGAAAGAGAUGCUGUGUAUGACUCACUCACAUAUUCUUCUGAAUUCUAUGUAUUGGCAGGAUUAAUUUGGAAAGCAAGUAAGGAUCAAUCUACACGUAUGCAAGAACAAAUCAUUUUUCUUGGCAGCAUUCCUCUAAUGAAUUCCCUGGGAAGUUUUAUAGUAAAUGGAAUCUAUAGAAUUGUGAUCAAUCAAAUACUACAAAGCCCUGGCAUUUAUUACCGGUCAGAAUUGGACCAUAACGGGAUUUCGGUUUAUACCGGCACAAUAAUAUCAGAUUGGGGAGGAAGAUCAGAAUUAGAAAUUGAUAGAAAAGCAAGAAUAUGGGCUCGUGUGAGUAGGAAAAAAAAAAUAUCGAUUUUAGUGCUAUCAUCAGCUAUGGGAUUAGAUCUAAGAGAAAUUAUAGAAAAUGCCUGUUAUCCUGAAAUUUUUUUAUCUUUUCUUAGUGAUAAGGAUAAAAAAAAAAAUUGGUUCAAAAGAAAACGCGAUUCUGGAGUUUUAUAAAAAAUUCGCUUGCGUAGGCGGUGAUCUAUUAGUGUAUGAAUACUUAUGUAAGGAAUUACAAAAAAAAUUUUUUCACCAAAGAUGUGAAUUAGGGACAGCUUGGUCGACGAAAUAUGAACCGAAGACUUAAUCUUGAUAUACCCCAGAAUAAUACUUUUUUGGUACCACGAGAUAUAUUAGCAGCCGCCGAUCAUUUGAUUGCACUCAAAUUUGGAAUGGGUACACUUGAUGAUAUGAAUCAUUUGCAAAAUAAACGUAUUAGGUCUGUAGCGGAUCUUUUACAAGAUCAAUUUGGAUUGGCUCUCGUUCGUUUCGAAAAUGUCGUUAAAAGCACUAUAUGUGGAGCAAUUCGUCAUAAAUUAAUACCCACUCCUCAGAAUUUGGUAACUUCAACUCCCUUAACAACUACGUAUGAAUCUUUUUUCGGGUUACACCCAUUAUCUCAAGUUUUAGAUCAAACCAAUCCAUUGACACAAAUAGUUCAUGCAAGAAAAUUUAGUUAUUUAGGACCUGGGGGGGCUGACAGGACGCACUGCUAGUUUUCGGAUCCGAGAUAUUCACC